GAAGCCGAAAGCAACAUUAAACGCCUCCAUUUUUAAACAAUAUACAUUUUUUUAAAGCGGCUUUGUGCAACGUCUUUAACCAAAACACCGCCGCCCUGCGGUGCAGCCCGAUGCAAAUACCUAAGAGCGAAGCGGAAAUACGAACGAGCGAAGCCUCUUGAGGCCCAACGCGCAACAACAACUAUGGCCGCCUCCUGCUCGCUGGUGUGCUGCGGAGAGGAGAACGAGUCAGACAAAGCUGUUAUCGUCCGCUUUUCCAACGGCAGCGUCACAUCAGGAGGCAGACUGGAUGUCGCGAUGUACAAGAACCAAGACGAAAGAAACCCGAGGAAAAAGACCAGGCGGAUAGUGGCUGCUGAAGCAGACAAGCUGUGCUAUGUUGGAACAAACUUCGGAGAGGGAUCCAUGAAAUGCAACAACGUUUGCAAAUAUUAUGUGGGAGUGCUGAACAGGGCGACCAUGCAAAUGGAGGUGCAUGAGGCUCAGCUCUACAACUUGCAACCCGUCAUACCAGGAGAAGCAUCAGAGGAACUCAAAGCCCCCCAGGACACUACCGUGACCUACAGAGACAAGGUCGAUUCCUUGAUCGAGGCGUUCGGCACCAACAAACAGAAGAAAGCUCUGAGCUCCCGCAGGCUGAACCAGGUGGGCGGUGAUACCCUGCAUCAAGCCGUGGCCCAAGCCGCCCACACUGUGAUCAACGACAAGGGUCUGGAAGCUCUCCAACAAGAAGUUGCUGACAAUGAGGUCCAGGGAGAGAUGGCUGUCCACCUGCCCCCCUGCAACCCAGCUGCUGACAAUCCUGAAAACGUCUACUUAUUUGACGACAUCCUGAGUCCGAUGGCGUUCGAGGCUCUGGAUGAGGCUGGCUCCAAGAUGGCAUCCCUCACCCGGGAGGAGAUUCAGAAGAUGAGGGACAGCGGAGGGUCCCUGUGCGUGGCGAAGCACCUGGAGAACCUGCCGAGCCUCGGCGAAGCCAGAAAGCGAGCAUCGCGCUGCGCCUUUUACCUCUCCAUGCUCCUCAAGCUGGCCCGGCAGAAGAACGUCUACCACAAGUUCGGGCUGGAGGAGGGCUGCCCUCGCAGCGUUCAGAGCAAGCUGCUCCAAACGUUCACCGUGGAGACUUUCAACAACGGCAGGGUCCAGAACAUCGUGUCGUCAUCAAUGCGGGCCAAACUGGCGGCGUACUCUCUGGCGCUGCUGCUGCAUAUGAAUUGCAUGGUUGGCGACCUCACGUUAUUGCACCGUGACCUCGGAAUCACUGAGGCCAGGAUGAUCGAGAUUGCGAAGUCGAUGGGACUGACUCUAAUCCGACCGGCCCGGGGGAAAGCCAACACGGGCGAGCUCAGAGACACCAACCGCUACGCCUCUCUGGUUCUACCUCUGGUCAAGUACGAGGCGUUUAUGGAGCAGCGGAAACGCAAGAAAAUGCACUGAAAGUCAAACUGAGAACUCAGUCAAGAGGACUUUAAGAACUGGAAAUACCACAAACAAAGAACUGUUUAAUGCAUUUUGUAGACAAAUAAAGGACCUGGUGAUGUUUGA